AUGGACGUGCCGCCUAUGCAUCCCAGACCUUUCUCCGAUGAGCUAUUAGUGUUACAGGAAGAUCAUAGGUCCGCCCACGUAUGGGAGGGAGAGUUACUGGCUCAGACUCUCUGUGCCAGGAAGAUUUUGGAGAUCGGGCGGCUGCAGCUCGACUGGUUUUUGGUCACUGCCCUGAUAGAGCGGUGGCGACCAGAGACGCACACAUUCCACCUGCCCAUUGGCGAUGCCACCAUCACGUUGCAGGACGUGGAGGUUUUAUAUGGGCUACCCGUUGAUGGACUGCCCGUUGCAUUGCCUCAGGCCAUGAGAGAGAUAACGCGUGGGCAGUAUUUGGACAUGCUGCAACUCACUAGUUUCAGGCCACAGGAUGAGACAGCACACUCAGGGGCCGGUCGCAUGAGUUUGACAGCUAUUCGACAACAUUUGGAGAUAUUGCACCCCGACAUCAGUGGCGAGAUAGAUGAUCUGCAUAUUCACCGGUAUACGAGGUUGCUGCUGCUCCUUAUGUUUGGAGGGGUCUUAUUCUCGAACACUUCGGGGAAUCUAGUUAGCUUGAUAUUUCUUCAUCAUCUUGAGCGGCUGGAUGAUUUAUCCCAGUACAACUGGGGUGCUGCUGUUCUCGCCUAUUUGUACAGUGAAAACGAGCCAGUUGAAUCACCUGUCCUGACUCAAUUGCCCAAAGAUGACAUAUUAAAUCGGGACAUGGCAGAUGCACAGAGUGAGGAAGAGAACAAUGAUUAUGGCAACAAUGCCGAUGAUUCCGGAGAUGACACACCCUUCCCUC